AUGAAAAGUAUUUUAUUAAUAUUUGCUUUCAUUAAAAGUAUCAGUUCAUUGACUAUUCAUUACAGUCAAAAACCUUGUUUAUCUUACUUUAGUGUUGAUAAUGUUACUGGUGUUGUUAUUCCUAAAUACUCGUUUAAUUUUAUUAAUCCUUUAAAUAACACACUUGUUCAUAACUAUGAAAAUAAAUACUAUUUAAUUUACAGUAAAUACAAUUCAAUAGACUUUGAACAUAUAAAGAGUAUAGGCAGGAUAUUUGAAUAUCCCUAUGAUAUUGAGAGAGGUAUUAAAAUAAUGAUAAUUGAUAAUGGUAACUAUCAUUCUUUAAGAGACAUCUGUUCAUAUAUAAACUUUAGUGCCCAGUUUAGUAAUAUUACUAUAAGUGGUGUUAUGCUUACUAUUUUAUUAAAAUUUUUAUUUUAUAGAAAAGAAACAAAUUUUUUUAUAUUUUGUUUGUCAUGCAAAAAAUUUUUAUUUAAUCAGUAA